ACCAUCUUAAUCUCUUAACCUCUCACAAAACAAACACAACACUCUGUUAUCCCCUGCCUUAUCUACUUUCUUUCAGACACAUAUGGAGACUCAGCUCGUGGAAUCAAGAACACUUAGGCUCAGGUUUCCUUCCUCAAAAUCAGUGCCCUCUCAAUCCAUUGAUUUGGCCUUCAAAUCUUGUUUGUGGGAUUCAAACAUCAAAAACCAUAACGAGGAGGAAAACAGCAACAAAACAGAAACCUCCUUCCAAGAAAAGUCCAUAUCAUCCAACAACACCAACAAGGGUGGUUGGAGCUUCCUUGAAGCUCUUUCAAAUGUCUCCCAAGGGAACAAAGAACCAUCACAGAAAGAAACAAGCUACGUGCACCCUCAGCAGAAGCGUUCAUCGCUGGUUCUCAGCCCAAGGAGCCUUGAAUUGUGCACUGAAAAUCUAGGGAAUGAGAGUGGCACUGACAUUGCAGAAAAUGGCAUUGACAUGCUCUCUUCAUCGUACACUGCUGGCGGAAAUUUGGGAACAAGGGAGCAAAGGGAACCUCGUCAACAUUUGGCAGCUAUGAAAGCGAAAACCCAGAAUUUUCCACCCCCUUUGACAACGAUAAGGGGAACAAAAUCUCUUGUUAUGAGGCCCCACCGUGAAGAUGGACGGCUUGUGAUUGAGGUCACCAAGGUCCCACCAAGUGCCUCAUGUUUUCAUGCUGAGAGGAGCCAUGGCCGCCUUCGCCUCUGCUUUUUGAAUAAUCAUGCUCCAAGUUUUGACCCGGAAGAAGAAGAAGGAGAAGAAGAAUAUUCCAUUGAAGAAAACGAACCAACAGCCAAUGAAGAAGGGUUUGAAGAAGAACUUGAAAACGAAAUGAGUGGACAAAUACAAUUUCUUGAAGAAGAAGAAGAAGAAACAGAGGAGGAAGCAGAGGAAGAGGAAGAUGAUGCAUGUGGAUGUGGAUGUGUGUAUGAGGAGGAGAUGAAAGGUAGUGACAUGAGAAUGUACGAGAGGCCAAGAAGGUGCAAAGAAGGUGGUGACCAUGAAAAUAAUGAAUUGUUGUUAAAUUGGGGUGAGCCUCUCUGGGUGGCUACUUCCUAA